AUGGCCGAACGAUACAUUCCCGAGCACCGUCGCACCCAGUUUAAGGCGAAGAGCACCUUCAAGCCCGAGGAGCUGCGUCGCCGCCGUGAGGAGCAGCAGGUCGAAAUCCGCAAGGCGAAGCGUGAGGAGAACCUGGCCAAGCGCCGUGGUAUUGGCACUGGCGAUGACCGCCCGGGUGCUUCCUUGGGUGCUGCCCCCGAUAGCGACGAUGAAAACCCGCCGAGCGAGUCUCAGCUUAACGAGGACCUCCCCCAGAUGGUUGCCGGCGUCUUCUCGGACCAGAUCGACCUCCAGAUUCAAGCUACGACAAAAUUCCGGAAACUGCUUAGCAAAGAGCGAAACCCUCCUAUCGAAGAGGUGAUCAAGACUGGUGUCGUGAGCCGUUUUGUCGAGUUUCUGCGGUCGCCCCAUACCCUUGUCCAGUUCGAGGCUGCCUGGGCCCUUACCAACAUCGCGUCUGGCUCCGCGACACAGACCCAAGUGGUCAUUGAGGCCGGCGCUGUGCCCAUUUUUGUUGAGCUCCUCAACAGCCCUGAGCCCGACGUACGUGAGCAGGCCGUUUGGGCUCUUGGCAACAUUGCUGGCGACAGCCCGCAGUGCAGAGAUUACGUCCUGGGCCAGGGCGCUCUGCGCCCCUUGCUCAACCUCCUUGGGGACAGCCGCAAGUUGAGCAUGCUUCGUAAUGCUACCUGGACCUUGAGCAACUUCUGCCGUGGCAAGACGCCCCAACCUGAUUGGAAUACGCCCGCACUUCCGAUUCUCGCUAAGCUCGUGUAUUCUCUGGAUGAUGAGGUCCUGAUUGACGCCUGCUGGGCCAUCUCAUACCUGUCCGACGGCUCCAAUGACAAGAUCCAAUCCGUGAUCGAAGCGGGCAUCCCGCGCCGGCUGGUCGAGCUUCUCAUGCAUGCGUCGACCUCGGUCCAAACUCCCGCCCUCCGCUCGGUCGGCAACAUCGUCACCGGCGACGAUGUGCAAACCCAAGUCAUCAUUAACUGCGGCGCCUUGCCCUGCCUACUCUCACUGCUGAGCAGCAAUAAGGACGGAAUUCGUAAGGAGGCUUGCUGGACUAUCUCUAACAUUACCGCCGGGAACUCUGCACAGAUCCAAGCUGUCAUUGAUGCCAAUAUCAUUCCGCCUCUCAUCCACUUGCUCACCAAUGGCGACUUGAAGACUCGCAAGGAGGCGUGCUGGGCGAUCAGCAACGCCACCUCGGGCGGCCUGCAGAAGCCUGAGCAGAUUCGAUAUCUGGUUAACCAUGGCUGCAUCAGGCCGCUGUGCGACCUCCUUGCUUGCCCUGAUAACAAGAUCAUUCAGGUCGCUCUGGACGGUCUCGAGAACAUCCUCAAGGUUGGAGAUCUCGACAAACAGGCCUCUGGCGAGGGCUCCGAUUCGAUCAACCGUUAUGCGCUGUUCAUCGAGGAGUGUGGCGGUAUGGAGAAGAUCCAUGAUUGCCAGACCAACGCCAACGAAGAGAUUUACAUGAAAGCCUACAACAUCAUCGAGAAGUAUUUCUCGGAUGAGGAGGAGAAUGCUGCCGACGAUGCCAUGGGCCAAAACCAACAGUUUGGCUUUGGUGCCGCGAACGGCUCUCAGCAGGGCGGCUUCAACUUCGGCGGGAAUGGCGCUGAAUCGAUGGAUAUGUAA